AUGGCCACCACUCAAGAGGAGCAGAAGACGAGCGUCGUCGAGGCCGUGGAGCAGCCUUCCCCCGUGGCGGCGGCGGCGCCGGCGGAGGAGAAGACAAGCGUUAAGGCCGUGGAGGAGCCUUCCCCGGCGGCUGCGGCGCCGGCAGAGGAGAAAACAAGCGUUAAGGCCGAGGAGGAGCCUUCCCCGGCGGCUGCGGCGGCGGAGGGGCAGCGGCGGCCGCCUGCGGCUACGGCGGCGCGCCGGGCGGGUGCUCCGGCCAGCCCCUUCGACUUCUCCACCAUGAUGAACUUGCUCAACGACCCGAGCAUCAAGGAGAUGGCGGAGCAGAUCGCCAAGGACCCGUCAUUCAGCGAGAUGGCGGAGCAGCUGCAGAAGACGGUGGCGCCGGCGCCGGCGGCGUCGGCGUCCGCGCGGUCGCCGCAGGAGGUGGCGGCGGCGCUGGACCCGCAGAAGUACGUGUCGACGAUGCAGCAGCUGAUGCAGAACCCGCAGUUCGUGGCCAUGGCGGAGCGGCUGGGCAGCGCGCUGAUGCAGGACCCGGCCAUGUCCUCCGUCCUGGGCGGCCUCACCAACCCCGCCCAGAAGGAGCAGCUCGAGGCCCGCGUCGCCCGCAUGAAGGACGACCCCUCCCUCAAGCCCAUCCUCGACGAGAUCGAGUCCGGCGGCCCCGCCGCCAUGAUGAAGUACUGGAACGACCCGGAGGCGCUGCAGAAGUUCGGCCGCGCAAUGGGGGUGGGUCCAUCCGGCGCCGCCGCCGGAGCUGAAGCCGAGGCAGAGGAGGAGGAGGAGGUUGUUGCCGGCGAGGAAGGUGAGUACGAGGAGGAGUCUAUCAUCCACCAGACGGCGAGCGUGGGCGACGUGGAGGGGCUGAAGAAGGCGCUGGCCGACGGCGUGGACAAGGACGAGGAGGACUCGGAGGGGCGGCGGGGGCUGCACUUCGCGUGCGGCUACGGCGAGCUCGGGUGCGCGCAGGCGCUGCUGGAGGCCGGCGCCGCCGCGGACGCCGUGGACAAGAACAAGAACACCGCGCUCCACUACGCCGCCGGCUACGGCCGCAAGGAGUGCGUGGCGCUGCUCGUCGACCACGGCGCCUCCGUGACGCUGCAGAACCUGGACGGGAAGACGGCCAUCGACGUGGCGAGGCUCAACAGCCAGGAGGAGGUGCUCAAGCUGCUGGAGAAGCACGCCUACGUCUAG